AAUGAAGUCCCAGAGGUCGUUGUUCCUAAGCCCGAUGUUACGAUUACGCCAGAGAUGCGCAUUGAAGAAUUGGGAUCUGUCGAAGCAAUUGUGGAGAACAUCUUGUUGAUAAAAGCCAAAACAUCUGGAGAAUACAGAGUACUCGAGAGCGGCUCAGUAUUGUGUUUGGAAGACAGAAGUGUUUUCGGAGUAGUUGCUGAAACCCUUGGUCGAGUACAACAACCACUUUACUCGGUCAUGUUUACCAAUCCGACCGAA